AUGGCGGCCAGCGCGAAGCGGAAGCAGGAGGAGAAGCACCUGAAGAUGCUGCGGGACAUGACGGGGCUGCCGCACAACCGCAAGUGCUUCGACUGCGACCAGCGCGGCCCCACCUACGUGAACAUGACGGUCGGCUCGUUCGUGUGCACCUCCUGCUCGGGCAGCCUGAGAGGAUUAAAUCCACCUCACAGGGUGAAGUCUAUCUCCAUGACAACAUUUACACAACAGGAAAUUGAAUUCCUGCAAAAACAUGGAAAUGAAGUCUGUAAACAGAUUUGGCUAGGAUUAUUUGACGAUAGAUCUUCAGCAAUUCCUGACUUCAGGGAUCCACAAAAAGUGAAAGAGUUUCUACAAGAGAAAUACGAAAAGAAAAGAUGGUAUGUUCCACCAGAGCAAGCCAAAGUGGUGGCAUCGGUUCACGCAUCUAUUUCAGGGUCUUCUGCCAGCAGCACAAGCAGCACGCCCGAGGUUAAGCCCCUGAAAUCUCUGCUGGGAGACUCUGCACCAGCACUGCACUUAAAUAAGGGCACACCUAGUCAGUCCCCAGUUGUAGGUCGCUCUCAAGGGCAGCAACAGGAAAAGAAGCAGUUUGACCUUUUGAGUGAUCUUCUUGGCUCAGACAUCUUUGCUGCUCCGGCUCCUCAGUCAACAGCUACAGCCAAUUUUGCUAAUUUUGCACAUUUUAACAGUCAUGCAGCUCAGAAUUCUGCAAAUGCAGAUUUUGCAAACUUUGAUGCAUUUGGACAGUCUAGUGGUUCGAGUAAUUUUGGAGGUUUCCCCACAGCAAGUCACUCUCCUUUUCAGCCCCAAACUACAGGUGGAAGUGCUGGAUCAGUAAAUGCUAAUUUUGCUCAUUUUGAUAACUUCCCCAAAUCCUCCAGUGCUGAUUUUGGAACCUUCAGUACAUCCCAGAGUCAUCAGACAGCAUCAACUGUUAGUAAAGUUUCAACAAACAAAGCUGGUUUACAGACAGCAGACAAAUAUGCGGCACUUGCUAAUUUAGACAAUAUCUUCAGUGCUGGGCAAGGAGGUGAUCAAGGGAGUGGUUUUGGGACCACGGGUAAAGCUCCUGUUGGUUCUGUGGUUUCAGUUCCCAGUCACUCAAGUGCAUCUUCAGACAAGUACGCAGCACUAGCAGAGUUAGACAGCGUGUUCAGUUCUGCAGCCACCUCCAGUAAUGCAUACACGUCCACGAGUAACGCUAGCAGCAGUGUUUUUGGAACCGUGCCUGUGGGUGCUUCUGCUCAGACACAACCUGCUUCAAGUGGGCCUGCUCCAUUUGGGGCUACGCCUUCUACGAAUCCAUUUGUUGCUGCUACUGGUCCUUCUGCGGCAUCGUCUACAAACCCAUUUCAGACCAAUGCCAGAGGAGCAACAGCGGCUACCUUUGGCACCGCAUCCAUGAGUAUGCCAGCAGGAUUUGGCACUCCUGCCCAGUACAGUCUCCCCACCAGCUUUAGUGGCAGUUUCCAGCAGCCCGCCUUCCCAGCCCACGCAGCUUUCCCUCAGCAGCCAGCUUUCUCUCAACAGCCCAAUGGUGCAGGUUUUGCAACUUUCGGACAGACAAAACCUGUGGUAACCCCUUUUGGUCAAGUUGCAGCUGCUGGAGUGUCUAGUAAUCCUUUUAUGACUGGUGCACCAACAGGACAAUUUCCAACAGGAAGCUCAUCAACCAAUCCUUUCUUAUAGCCUUAUAUAGACACUGUACUGGAACGAACUUUUAUGUGAUCAUAUUACAUCUCUCCGCCUCUUGCCCUGUUGUCUUGUUUCACUGAUCUUAGCUUUAAACACGAGAGAAGUCUUUGAAAAGCCUGCAUUAUGUAUUAAACACCAGGUAAUACGUGCAAAACAGGGGGCUCAGCAACAACUUUUCACUUGUGAAUUGGCAGGAAAAGGUAGCGGCAUCAUGUAUGUUAAAAAUUGGCUAAUAUUAAGUUAUUGCAGAUCCCACAUUCAUUAUGCUGCAGUACUGUACAUACUUUUCUUAGAAAUUAGCUAUUUGUGCAUAUCAGUAUUUGUAACUUUAACACAUUGUUAUGUGAGAAAUGUUACUGAGGAAAUAGAUCAGCCACUUUUAAGGUGCUGUCAUAUAUCUUGGAAUGAAUGACUAAAAUCAUUUGAAGCAUCGCUUCUGAAAAGUUCAAAGUCAAAAUUGGAAGGUUUUAUUCAUUCUUGAAUUUUUCCUUCUGAAGAGCUCUUCUAUUUAUACACGGCUAAAUUCUUUAAAGAUGUGGAGGACACCUGUCUGCAGAAUAAAGCUGAUCAUGUUUUGCUACAGUUUGCAGGUGAACAAAAUAAAUAUUAGAAAAUAUGCUAUUGUUUUUGUGUUUUUGCUGCAAUGCCUUUACCAAAGUGGCCUUAAAUAAUGAGUAGUGAGUUGAGAACAUCUUGAAUUCUUAAAGACUUCUAGUGACUAACUUUUUUUAAAAGGCCAUUUAGAAAAUUUAUUAAAACUACUAGGACUGCUAUAUUCAGGACUGCGACAGUAGAAAAGCAUUUAAAUGUAGCUUGUCAGAUUCACCAUGCUACUUCUGAUUUCUCUGCAACUUCUUAAUUUUGUGAAAUUUGUAAAUAUGGAGAUUUUGCAUGUAUGUGUAUUUACAAAUAUUUUUUAAAAAUCUUGAAUUCUCAGACUGCAAAAGGCCUAUUUUACCUAUUUUUUUCUGUUCUCCAUUUUAAUUGUCGUUGAAUGUAUUGGAAGCAGACAUGCAUUGACUGUGACAUGAUGGCACCUGAGUUCCUCUCCCGCCUCCCCCAUUUUCUAGAUGACUGAUAACUAUCUAUAGAACAUUUGUUUGUUUGUUUUGGAGUAAAGCAACAGGAACCCAAUGUUACCUUAAAGUGAUGAAAUACUUCGUGUAAAAAGGUAGCAAUACUAAGUUUAGUUUAUCUUUUUGUUAAUAUUCAAAUGAACUUGUUUAAUUAUUUAUAUGUAGUAAUGCCUUGUUCAUCCCAAGAUAAUCUGGCUCUCUCAUCAAAACGAAACACAACUAAGAGAACUGAAAUCAUUAAAAAAAAUGCUUUGAAAACA